UCCAAAGAUGUAAAGAAGGAUCCCUCUCGCGUGUGUUCGAUGCUGUGGGACCUCCUAAACAUGGAGCAUGCAGGCGCUAACUCACUAUUACGGCGGGGGAACUAAACUCAAGAGCAAAGCGUUUGGACGCGCGCGCGGAUUCGUUCCAAGUUGUCCUCGCUGCCCGACAGAGCCCAUGAACGCCUCUUCAGAGCGACGGGGUUUAUGGACUCGCGUAUAUUAGCUAAUGAUGUCUAUGGGGUUCGUGCCCGGCAGUCUGAGCGCCUCAGAUCCCUCCAAAUCGGCCUUUCUAGAAUUUGGCCACGGACAUCCGGCACACCAGCAGCUCUCCCCUGGACUCUCUCACAUUUACCCCGUCCAUGGCGCGCAUGCUGCCGCGCAUUCCCAGCACGAAAGUCCUUUUCCCGGCAGCGCGUCGUAUGGCCGCUCCCUGGGCUACGCCUACCCCGCCGCGGCGAACACUUAUCCCCAGUCUGCGUACAUGUCCUACCAGCACAGCAAUCACAGCAACAGCAGCAGUCUGGCCCACAGCAGAUUAGAGCACACAGACCGCGACAAGUCCACGGCCAUCGAGAGCCGGGACGUUCGUCUCAAUGGCAAGGGGAAGAAGAUCCGGAAGCCUCGGACCAUCUACUCCAGUCUGCAGCUGCAGGCUCUGCACCAGCGCUUCCAGCAGACCCAGUACCUGGCCUUACCGGAGCGCGCAGACCUGGCGGCCAAACUGGGACUCACCCAGACUCAGGUGAAAAUAUGGUUUCAGAAUAAGCGAUCCAAGUAUAAAAAGAUCAUAAAGCGAGGCAGCGGAUCCGAGGGCGAACAUCUCCACAGCACCAGCUCCGUGUCCCCCUGCUCACCCGGGAUGCCCCCGCGUUGGGAGGUCUCCGUGGCCAACAAAGGAGCCCAAAUGCACCCAAACAAUUACAUGACCUUCGGCCACUGGUAUCCCAACCACCUCCACCAGGACGCGAUGCCCAGGCCUCAGAUGAUGUGAGUGGAUUGAGAUGCAGCCCACGGGGCUCGGCUCCAAUGAACUUGCUGGUUUGCUCUCGAGGCCGUCUCUUUAGAAAAUGUACUGAAUUGUGUUCAAAUGUGUGUUUUUAAGAUACCGUGUUCAUAUUAUUUGUGUUCUGUGUGCGUUUUGAAUACAAUUUUUACAGCAGAAAUAUUCGACAAGGCGUCAAAUAUAUUUUUUCGAUUUGUUUUCACUGCAACUUCUCACUUCCUUGGAGUGAGUGCAGAUUACCAAGAGACUCUGCAUUUUUGUUAAAGCAUUUAAAAUGAUUGUGUGCAUGGAUCUACGUGUUUAGGAAAUGAGUUUCAGCUGCAUGGUCCACAUGCUGUGAGCAUUAUGCUAAUAAAUGGCUGUUGGAUGGAUA